GGAACGCACCUCAGAUCUUCAACUUGAGCCUCAAAAAUUUAAAGGUUAUAUUCGCAAGCUGAUCGAGAGAAAUGAUUUUUUCCGCUAUCUCGGAAAAAGUUUUGACGACGCUCGUCGUCGGGAGAUUUUAUACAUCUGUUUUUCGAAUGAUUAGUAAAAGUUCCGUCGAAAACUCGACAGAGAGUAAUGUAGCAAUUGAAGAUGACAUGCCCGUACAAUUGGAGAACCCCUAUGUAAGAGAGAAACAACAGUGUAUUCUAUGCAAAUUAAAUAUUGAGCCAGAUUACAAGAAUGUGCGAUUACUUUCGCAGUUUCAAAGUCGCUAUACUGGCAGGAUAUAUGAAAAGCAUAUCACUGGAUUGUGCGAAUACAAACAGAAGCGAGUACAAGAAGAGAUUACAAAGGCUCAAUGUGCAGGCUUGAUGGGUUUUAUGAGUAAGAAGCCAGAAUACGUCAAAGAUCCACAGUUGUUUGAUCCGAAUCAUCCCUUUAAACCACAUCCAUUUUAGAUGAAUAUUGGUUAUGUGCAUAAAUAUAUUUAUAUUUGUACAUGUAUAUGUACAUGUAUACAUACAAUAUUAAAAGCAAAUUAGGAAGUUUAGAA